AUGGUUGGUGUGUCAAUGCAAAGGCAUAAUAAUGCCUUAUUUAUAGACAAAGGAAAUGAUGCCCUACAAGUGAUAAGCCUCCGUGAUGUGGCUGACAAGGAAUCCAACAUGUGGGCUCCACCCACUAUCUUUACAACACUUGUUGCAUUUAUAGUACGGGCAAACAGGCAGGCAGGCAAAACGCUUUACCUCCGCAGGGUGUUGAAAAAACCACCUGUCCCCGGUGGCAGAGCACCACUACCCGCUAGCCAGCCAGCACACACUAGACAGGGUAGACACUGA